GCGUGGUGGGCGUGGUGGGCGUGGCGGCGGAGCGACGAAGAGACGCAGCAAUAGAAAGACCAAGAAGGGGCCCGCGAGGCCCAGCAACGCGAACCCAAGAUCCAACAAGGGCUUGGGAAGCUCGCCCGGGGAGGCCGCGCCGGUGCCAAUCGCCCACCGCACGCGUCGAAUCGUUCCAGCUCGUCAUCCAAUGGUGCGCCGCGCAACAUGUCGUGGACGCUUGACCCGUUCACAUCCGCGCGCUCGUGCAUGGUACAUCCACCCAACACCAGCGCUGCUCCGGUUGGAGGAGAGCUGCUUGGACCACCGGCGCUGGCAGUAGCACCGCCGCCGUCGUCGGCGGCUUCGGCAUCAGCUGCUGCGCCUGCUGUGCGCUACGAGUGGCUUGAUGACUCGGGGUGGAAGCCGUACUCACCUGAGCUCGCGGCACGUCUGGCGGCAGCCGAGCAGGCUGGAACCACAGCCAGCUUCAAGUUUGGCCGAUCGCGGUACACGAUCGACGUUGGUGCCGGGACUCAAACUAACGAUGCUACCGGCUUUGUGCGACAGGUCCGACGGGUCGAUGGCUCAGCCCAGACCUCACCCGACGCUGCGGCCGGAGCCGGCUACGAGUGGCGCGACGACUCGGGGUGGAAGCCGUACUCGCCAAAGCUGGCGGCGCGGCUGGCGGCAGCCAAGCAGGCCGGAACCACCGUCAGCUUCAGCUUUGGACGGUCGCGGUACACGGUCGACGUGGCCGCCGGGACCCAGACCAAUGAUGCCACUGGCUUUGUGCGCCAGGUCCGGCGGAGCAAGUCUGCCGGCGGAAGCAGUGGCUACAGCGCUCAACCGUCGUCGGAGCCGUCGUCGUUUGACAUCUUUGAUCUAAGCAACUCGGCGCGGUACGAGCACGAUCUGGUGUUUGAGGUGCGCGAUGAGCAUGGCGCAACCCAAGGAUCGGACGCAGAGGCGCUCGUGGCGCAGACGACGGCCGAAGGACGUGGAACGAGCUCGACUGAGACCCGAUGCUGCAUCUGCCUCGACGACUUUGACGCUACGGCGAUCCACUUUGUAGCGUGCGGGCAUCCGUUCCACAAGGCGUGCCUGGUGGCGGCGAUGGCUGUCACGCCCAAGUGCCCGCUCUGUACCAAGGCGUACGACACGCUCAUCGGCCCGCAGCCACCUGGCACCCUCAGGGUUUCUCUCUCGCCGCCAGGCCGCGCCUCGGUUGCAGGCUACCCUGGUGCCGGCAUGGUCCGCCUCGACUACUCGCUGCCGUCGGGCAAGGCAGCAGAUGGGACCCAGUUCUCGGGCACCUCGCGGACCGGCUACCUGCCCGAGACCCCCGAAGGUCUUGAGGUCCUUUGCCUCCUCAUCCGUGCCUUUCUCAACCGGCAGAUGUUCCGCGUCGGAACGUCAAUCACCACCGGCCGCUCCAAUCAGGUAGUGUGGAACGGCAUUCACGCCAAGACCACCCUCGGUGGCGGCCCGCACGGCUUUCCUGACCCAACCUACUUUGAUCGCGUCAAGGCCGAGCUUGCCAGCUUUGACAUCCUCCCGUUCUCGUAAAAGCCCACCCUUCCA